AUCAGCUAAUCUGUGAAUGUUUCUUUCUCCACAGGCACAUUGAGCCAUCAGGUGAAUGUUUCUACUAUCAUCUGAAGAUCGAGGUCUUCAGUGAAACAAGCCGAGAGAAUCUGACCUAUGGAGCUAUCCGAAACUCUGCCCAGAACAUAAACAUUCCUUGUCCACAGCCUGUUAAAGACACAUGCAAAACAUUCAACGGGAACUUCACAUGGUUCAAGGGAAAGAAUCUGAUUCCUGGUAAACACAGAGAAAGCCUGUGGGUAAAUAAUGCAACAAAAGACGAUGAGGACAUCUACACCUGCAUAUGUACCUGGGCUCACAACCACAAGCUGUACAACUCUUCUGGAUCCAGGAGACUUUUUGUUUUAAAGAAAGCUGUUUAUGAAGACGUAAAAAUCAUCUCUCCGAAUACAAGAGAGCAGCUGGUUAAGAAAGGCUCCAGCAUGAAGCUGAACUGCACCGUUUACUGUGGGAUUAAUGCAGAACGGGACUGUGAGGCCACAUGGUGGAUUAAUGGAAAACCAGCGAAGCAGAUGGAUGGAUACAACGAGACCAGCACAUUAGACAUCAAGGUUCCUUCAAAGGAAACCUUCUUCACAGCAAUCCUGACCAUCGCAGAGGUUUCAGCCGAAGAUUUCCAGAAGAAGUUUCAGUGCAAAGGCUCAGGCUUCUAUACAGCAAACUCUGCAACUUUAUCUCUGAAGAACGAUGAGUCCUUCACUUUCAUCAUUGUUUUUCUUGUUUUGGGCGUGUGUCUGAUCUUGUUCGCCGCUGUGGUGGUGAAACAUUUUCUGUCAGUGAGGCCCUACUGCCCUCCAAGAAGAUGCAAUAAAGGUACAAGAUGCUGAAGGUUUCGCUUCCUCGGAUGAAAUCUGUGGGUUAUUAUCAAUUUAAGAAGAAGACUAAAUAAAUUAGCUGAAUUUAAGCCUCCCAGCAAUCAUGUAACAAUUCAGAGACAUGAACAAUGCUAAAUGGGUUUUUUAUGAGAAAAUUGGCAUUAUGAUACAGGGGAGCAAAGGAAAGAGGAGGGGGAUUUAACUUAAGGGGUUACUCAAACUUAAGGAUUUGUAGUUUACAAACGAAAUUAUGGAAUAAGUUAAAUGAGGAGGUAAAACAAAGUCAAAAUUUAAUACAAUUUAAAAGGAAAUAUAAGGAGGUCAUUUUCACAAGAUAUAGAAAUAUGGGUGAGAGAUAGCACUAAUGUGUGUAAAUUGAGUGUGUGUGUGUAUAUAUGAAUGUAUAGAUGUUUUUAUCUAGACAUACGUAAACCCAGAUAAAAUGGAAAAUUAAUUAACCUGUUUGUUAUUUUUUUAUUUAAUAAUGAGGGU